AUGAGAAAAGUAGAGUUGUAUCAGAUAUUGGCUUCAGCUAAAGCUAUUGAACCAGAAAUAUUGAAUGUUUUAAUAGAAAAGUUAAGAAAAGAGAAUAUUUAAGAUUGCAUAAGGUUUCUUUUAAUAGAGGAAAAUCAGAAUGAAAUGAAACAAAUAAUUUCUUAAAAACACAACUUAGAUGGAAAAUAGAAACUUUUAUAUCUCACUUCUCUUCUCAGAUAAAUUUAUGAACAUGAUUUUAAUAACACUAAUUAUUCUACAGAAAUUUACAUAGAAUUUAGGAAUUAAUUGACUAAAAAAAUCUAAAAAGAGGAGAGGAUAAUCAAGUUUUUAAAAUUUUUAGUGAAUCUCACAAGUGUUGAUGACAAAUUCAUUCCAAGUGGAUCAAAUUCUUUAUAUUUAUUGUUUGAGCUGAAGGUUGAUUUGACCUAACAAAAUUUUGAAAAUAUUAGAAUUAAAGACAUUCCUUUAAUAGGAGCUAAUUUUGCAAGAUGUAAUUUAAGUGGAUCUUAAUUUCGAAAUGUAAAUAUUAGCGGCAUCAAUUUAAACGAGGCUUAAUUAAUUAAUUGUGAUUGGAAAUUUUUAAAAAUCCAUUAGAUAAAUACAUUAGUAGGUCAUUCAUCUGUUAGUUCAGUUUGUUUUUCUCCAAACGGAGCCAUAUUAAUGUCUAGUAGUGAUUCGUAUAUACAUUUAUGGGAUGUAAAAACAGGAAAAAAACAUUCAUAACUAAAAUGUCUGAUCGGGGGUUCUAAACUAUUACUUUCUAACUCUCCAAAUUAUUGUAUGUAAGUAUCUGGUUAUAGAAACUAAAUUAUCAAUGUAUGGAAUAUAAAUAAAGGAAAAAUACUAUUAAGAUUAUAGGAUCCAUCUGGGGCUGUAAGAUUAUUAAGCUUGUCCCCUAAUGGAACUGCAUUAGCAUCCGUACAUGGAAUAAAUCAUAUCCUGUUUUGGAAUCUAAAGACUAGAAAAAACAAAUCUAUUCUAAAUGGAGAAAGUGGAUAAGUUUACUCUUUAUGUUUUUCCCCUGACGGUAAUACAUUAUUAUUCAGUAUUAAGAACAUUAUACAUCUAUGGGAUGUAAAAUCAGAAAAAAAAACUUAAUUUGUUUCUCCAACUACUUAUGUAUCUUUAAUAUGCUUUUCCCCUGAUGGUAAUACAUUAGCAUCAGGAAGUGGCGGGGAUUAAUAAAUUAAUUUAUGGGAUGUUAAAACGUUAGAUCAUAAAUUAAUAAUACCUAGUUAUCCAGGUCGGGUCCUCUCAAUGUGCUUUUCUCCUGAUGGUACAACAUUAGCAUCUUUGAAUUAGUAGGAUAAGUCUAUAUAUUUGUGGGAUGCGAAAACAGGUCAAAAAAAAUCUAUAUUAAAAGGACAUAGUAAAGCAGUCUCUCAAAUAUGCUUCUCUUAUAGUGGUAUAUUAGCAUCUUGUAGUAGUGAUAAAACUAUCCAUUUAUGGGAUGUUAAAGCGAGGGAGCAAAAGACUUAAUUAGACGGCCAUAACUCAGGAGUUGUUCAAAUAUGCUUUUCACCCGAUUUUUCCAUAUUAGCAUCUUGCAGUGAAGAUAACUCAAUCAGUUUAUGGGAUGCAAAUACAGGUUAAAAGAAAUCUUAAUUAAAUGGUCAUGAAAAAGGAGUGAUUUCAAUAUGCUUUUCUAAUGAUGGUAAAGCAAUAGCAUCUGGUAGUUGGGAUGAGACUAUUCGUUUUUGGAAAGUUAAAUCAGGGAAGGAAAAAUUUCAAUUGGCUGGUCAUCAAGGUGGAGUAUCAGCACUAUGUUUCUCUCGCGAUGGUAAAGCUUUAGUAUCAGCUGGUUUGGAUUCGUCCAUACGUAUAUGGAAUAUUAAAACAAGAAAAGAAAAAUAUUUAUUAGAUGAACCCUGUGAGAUAAUUAAAUCAUUCUACGAUAACCCUUAUGGUCAUAGAUUAGAAUCUGGCUGUUGGGAAAAAUCUAUUCAAAAAGGUAUUAUUUUAGAAAAAACUUAUGGUCAUAAAAGUGAAAUCACAUCAUUAUGCUUUUCCCCUGUGGAAAAUAUUUUAGUUUCAGGUAGUAAGGACAAGACUAUCAUUUUAUGGGACAUCUAAAAAAGGACACAAAAAAUGUAAAUAAAUGGUCAUACAGAUGCGGUUUAAACAGUAUGUUUUUCUCCUGAUGGUACGACAAUAGCUUCUGGUGGUAAUGACAAUUCUAUCCGAUUAUGGGAUAUUAAGACAGGAUUUGAAUAAUUUAGACUCAAUGGUCAUGUAGAUUUAGUUUCAUCAUUAUGCUUUUCUCCUGAUGGCAAGAUAUUAGCAUCUGGGAGUUGGGAUAAUACUAUCCGUUUGUGGGAUAUUCGAACACAGUAGGAAAAAUAUUAAUUGAAAGGGCACGUUAACCUAGUCCACUCAGUGCGCUUUUCUAAUAAUGGUACUAAAUUAGCAUCUUGUAGCAAGGAUAACUCAAUACGUUUAUGGCACAUUAAAACAGAGGAAUAAUUCCAUGAAUCAGAUAUAGUCUAUAACAAAAUUCUGGAUAAAUUAAGGUUGCCACCUUAAGACGAUAAUUUAAAAAUCUUUAGAGAAUGUGGUAAUCAUAUUUAAGUUAUUUAGUUAAUCCAGUUACUAUUCUUCUUAUGUCAUAAGAUCCUAUAUUCUAAGCAUAAUAAGCAUUUGUUUUCAAAGGAGAGUUCAUGUCUCAUUUCAAUACGGAUUUAAGUAGUAUAUUUAAAUUAGGAGGAAGUUAUAUUCUAGAAAGUACCUUAAAAUUAGACACAAUAAAAAAAAAAUGA